UGUUAGAAUUAAGUAUGCCUUAAAAUAAAGAUAAAAAAACUGAUUUGAGCUUUAAACCGGGGAGAAGAUCAGGACAUUUUUAAAAUUGACCCUUUGGAGUUUCCGUACUGGAUUAUGGCGUCCCUGAGGGAACAGUUUUUAUCCAUCUCGCGACAUCGCGCCCACAUCGUGUUCUCCGCUUGUUUGAAAUUAAAAUACAUUUCCCAGAAGACAACGCGAUCUAUACAGAAGAAAUACAAGUUAUUUUGCGGUACUGAGCUGCUAAAUACGAACAGGAACUUCAUGUAGAUAAACUAACGGUCAUUAUAACCUUUAGAGACCAUUAGCCCUAGCUAGCAUCGAAAAUGUUGAAGUGGUCAAAUGGAUAUUUACAUAGAAACAUAGCAAAUCCCUUUCAUUUGAAAGAAUAAUUUUUGAAAUUUCUGCGACGUCAGAAGUAUGUCUGUGGGGUGAAACAAGUAUUUGUUUUAACACCUUGUGAAAACGAAGUGAACCCUGGUUUAAUUUGUUUAGUAUCUUUGUUACACAAUGUUAGCUUUAGCAACACAGCACCACAACAUCAUUAACUUCUCGUUGUUAGUAAAUGAUUGAAUAUAAUCCACAAAACUAUCAGGAUUAAUUUUAUUGAGGGGAGGUCUGAUUAUCUAAAUAUUGCAUCUCGUAAUGGCAAAAGAAGAAUGCCUUUCUCAGAGGAUCAAAUUAAGAGACACUUACACGCUUCGAAACAGGAAAAUCUACCAAUCAUCAGAACAAAUCGAACAAUCUACAGGGUCAAAGGGCAAAAAGAGUCAAACAACGUUGUCAAAAGAUAAAAAUCAGUUCUCCAACGGGUCAACUGCUCCAUUUCCAACCAGAGGAAGUGGUGGCUUCCCUAGAAAAGUGGUGCUGAUGCUGGUGGUGGGGCUGUCUUUCGCCACUCGCCUCUACAAAAUAACAGAGCCUUCUCAUGUGUGCUGGGAUGAAACUCACUUUGGAAAAAUGGGAAGCUACUACAUCAACAGAACACUCUUUUUUGAUGUGCAUCCUCCUCUUGGAAAAAUGCUGAUUGGACUUGCUGGUUAUAUGACUGGCUAUGAUGGCACCUUUCCUUUCCUAAAACCUGGAGACAAAUAUGAGCACCACGUUUACUGGGGGAUGAGAGGAUUUUGUGCUGUUCUGGGGUCGUUUCUCCCAGUCUUUGCCUACCACAUCGUUCUGGAGCUGUCUCAGUCUCACAAUGCUGCUCUCAUCACUGCUACCUUGCUAAUAUUUGACACUGGCUGCAUCACCAUCUCUCAGUACAUCCUACUCGAUCCCAUACUUAUGUUCUUCAUCAUGGCAGCUGUGCUGAGCAUGGUGAAGUUCAGCCAGCAGAGAUGCAGACCUUUUACUGCCCCCUGGUGGCUGUGGCUCCUGCUGUGUGGGGUUAGUCUUGCUGGGGCUCUUGGGGUGAAGUUCGUGGGUCUGUUUGUCAUCCUUCUGGUUGGGCUAAACACAAUCUGGGACCUCUGGAGACUUUUGGGAGAUGUGAAUCUUUCCCUGAUGGAUGUUGCAAAGCACUUCCUGGCCCGGGUUGUUGGACUCAUCCUGCUUCCUCUCAUCCUUUAUGUUACAAUAUUUGCGGUUCACUUUGCUGUGUUAAACAAAAGUGGACCAGGUGAUGGUUUUUUUAGCUCCGCCUUCCAGUCUCGUCUAAUCGGAAACAACCUGCACAACGCGUCCAUGCCUGAGUACCUGGCGUACGGUUCCGUCGUCACAGUGAAAAAUCUCCGUAUAGCAGGAGGUUAUUUACAUUCCCACUGGCAUUUAUAUCCAGAAGGAGUCGGAGUGAAGCAGCAGCAGGUCACGGCUUACCUCCAUAAGGACUAUAACAACUUGUGGCUGGUUCACAAACAGGAUUAUAAUGACUCUCAGUCUGGGACUCCUGAUCUGGUUCGUCAUGGUGACGUCAUCCGACUGGAGCACAAAGAAACAACCCGUAACCUCCACAGUCACCAUCAUCAGGCUCCUCUGACCAAGAAACACUUCCAGGUCACAGGCUAUGGAAUUAAUGGAACAGGGGACGCUAACGACCUGUGGCAGGUGGAGGUGUGUGGAGGUCGGAAAGGUGACCUGGUGAAAGUGCUGCGAAGUAAAGUUCGUUUUCUGCACAAAGCUACCGGCUGUGUGCUCUUCUCCUCUGGGAAGACCCUUCCAAAGUGGGGCUGGGAGCAGGUGGAAGUAACCUGCAGCCCCUACCUGAAGGAGACUCCAAGCUCUCAGUGGAACAUUGAGGAUCAUAUUAAUCCCAAAUUGCCCAACAUCAGUCUGUCUGUGCUGAAGCCCAGUUUCCUAGAAGUCCUGCUGGAGUCACAUAUAGUAAUGAUAAAGGGUAAUAGUGGUUUGAAACCCAAAGACAAUGAAAUGAACUCUAAACCGUGGCACUGGCCAGUUAACUACCAGGGACUGAGGUUUUCAGGAGUUAAUGAUACAGAGUACCGUGUUUACCUGCUGGGAAACCCUGUGGUUUGGUGGAUAAAUCUGGCCAGUUUAGGGCUGUAUCUCACCAUGGUGGCGGUGGCGUCUACAGCCAUUCAAAGGGGGUUGCCUCUGGGACAAAAAAGGAUCGAGCAUUCAUGUGUGCUCACGAGGGGAGGGGGUCUCCUGCUCCUGGGCUGGCUGCUGCACUACGUCCCCUUCUUCACUAUGAGCCGAGUCCUCUACUAUCACCACUACUUCCCUGCAAUGCUCUUCAGCAGCAUGUUGACAGGAGUUACAGUAGACAUCUUUUUAAGAAGUGCCGAUCUGCUGCUUCGACCUCCUUAUUCUGACUGGCUGCAGCGAGGCGCGCUGAUGGUGCUCCUGUUUAGUCUUCUCUACAGCUUCUACCUGUUCCAUCCGCUCUCCUAUGGCAUGACUGGUCCUCUAGCGCAUGAGGCGGGCGGCGCCAUGUCUGGCCUAAAGUGGAUGGACUCCUGGGAGUUCUGAUCAUGAUCAUGACUCCGAUGUUGAGUUGUUUACUCAUUUUCAGCAGUUUUUAGAUUUUGAAUGUUAACGGUGGUAUAGUUUUGUAAAGGUACUGUCUGCAUUUUAAGUAUUUGUGUCACAGCAUUGCAUAAUGAAGCAUGCUUUAAAAGACUACUGUGAACCAUCAAAAGGUAAAUUGUGGAGUAUGAUAAUAAAAAAGAGAAUAAAUAUCUGACAAGAUGCCUUAAGUCACUGAACAACAUCUGUUUUUUUUUAAGAGUGAGAAUACCUGGAAUGUAUUUGUAAGAAUAAAUUUAGGAAUCAUUCAUGUAAUUAAAGACUUAUUUUCUGUGAA